AUGAAGUAUACUCUUCAAUAUUUGGCCCUUGCCUCUGUCGCAUCUGCUCGCGUCCUUCACACCAGACAGUCAUCAUGCUGCUUCGGCAUCAACGUCUCUGGUGAUGGUGUUGAGGGCGGUUCCCUCGGUCAGAUCAGCGAUGGUCAGAACCGCUUUGGUCCUGGCCAGUCUGGUGCCUCUUACUGCAUCAACAACGGACAGAUCACCGACAAGAAGGGCAGAGGAUGUGUUAUCACUGGCCCUACCGACCAGUUCCAGUGUGACCAGGGCGCAUCUCCCACCGAAGGCUUCUCCAUCACCUCUUCCGGUCAAGUCGAGUUCAAUGGCGAUGACCAAUUCUAUGCCUGCCCCUCUGACGACAAUGGCAACUACAACAUCUACACAAAGCCUGUCGAGAACAUGCCCAAGUGUGUCAAGGUCAGCUUGAGCAGUGCUGACGGAACUUGCGCUGCCCCUUCAUCGGCCCCAGCAUCUUCUGCCCCUCCCGCUACUACUGCAGUAUCUGUUUCUACUGCUACCCAAGCACCUUCCCUCUCCCCUCGCCUGAUCAUCCCCGUUGAUAGCAACAACCCUGACACCGCCUACGGUACUCAGUACAACGCCUACAUCGGCAAUGGCAACAGCACUAUUUUCGAUUUCGAUAUUCCUCAGAGCUACAAGGGCAAGCAGUGCGAGCUCGUCUUCACUUUCCCCACCCAGUCCCAGCUCGAGACCUCUUUCGUCUCCGAGUCUGGCAACGGUGGUGUUGAGUUCAAGCAGCUUAAGGAGGCUGCUGAUGAGAAGACCACCUUCAACACCCAGCCUGGCGUCACCAAGAACUUUGGUGAAAAGGGUGUCUCCACCGGUAACGCUUAUAGCAUCACCACUGGUGACUGUGCUGUCGGCCAAACCAUCUCGUAUGAGCUUACUGCCACUGGCGAUAAGACCAUCGAAUUCUUCCAAGACUACAACCCCUGCCCGAUCGGCUUGUGGGUCAUUGCUAACUAA